CUACAGGCAAGUCGCCGCAGGCGGUCGCAUGGGGUAUUCGUCCUUGUCGUUUUUUCCAGUUGCUUACGUUGAACGUCAUCGACGACCCGCACCUUUUCGCGUGCUCUAUACUGCGUGCCUUAUUGUCCUGAAGGCCUACCAUACGAGUGCGUUGAACAAUUUUUCCGCCUCAAACCCUCCGUUUUCUUCUGGUUUCGCGUGCCUGAGUAGUAGCAGUAAAGACGUCUCCCCCUCCUCCCCCCCGCGUCUCACACGCCGAAACUUCAUGACGCACGGUGGCAGCGGCAGUGAGCAUGGCACUGCGAGCAGCAGCAUGGCUAGUAGCGCGAGUUCGAGCAGUCUGGACCAGCCAGUAGACAGGAUGGCAGUGCGUCGACCGCUUAUUAUAACCGGGCCCUCGGGCGUGGGGAAGGGCACCCUGAUCCGCCGCUUGCUGGGGGAGUAUCCUUUGCGCUUUGGAUUCUCCUGCAGCCAUACUACUAGAGGUCCCCGCCCGGGAGAGAAGGAGGGGGUGGACUAUUUCUUCACGACUCGCGAGCGGCUACAGGCUGAGAUUGAUGAGGGCAAAUUUUUGGAGCACGCGACGGUACACAAUAAUCUGUAUGGCACAAGUUUUGAAGCCAUCCAAAAAGUUCAGGAGGAAGGAAAAAUUUGUAUAUUGGAUAUCGACGUACAAGGAGUAAUUUCUGUGAAAGGCGCGUUGGCGCGAGGCGCGCUCCAUGAUUUGCGGCCCCUGUAUGUGUUUAUAUCUCCCCCAUCCUUGGCGGUGUUGGAAUCGCGAUUACGGGGGCGCGAGACAGAGAAAGAAGAAGAUGUACUCAGGCGUCUAAAGAAUGCCAAGAGAGAGGUGGAAUAUGGAGUGGCACCGGGAAACUUUGACAAGGUGGUAGUGAACGCCGACCUGGACGAUGCCUACAUAGAUCUAAGGACGUACAUCGAGACGAUGUACUACGGCGAUGAGGAGGUGCAAUCCAGCAGUUGAUCUUUUAAAAGAUGUUGACUUCAUAGGUGGGAAGGGGAAGCGGGAAAGGCACUGAAGUAACAAUAAGUACCAGGAACUCGG